GCCCCGCCCAAUCCGUCCAACCAAAUGCUAUAAAACGACCUCAAAGCUCUAGGAGCUGUUGGCAACACCGACUGUUCACAACUCCCACAGCAUCGUCAAAUCACCAAGUCAUGUCGCUCGACAGGUUGAAGCAGGCUGCCUCUCAUAUCACUGGCAUUGGGGCCCCUCCCCAUCCUUUCGACCCCCUCAGCGAACCGGAGAUUGAACAGGCCGUCGCCAUCAUCCGCAAGGAGCACAAAGAUGUCUUCUUCAACGCCAUCACAUUGUGGGAGCCCCGCAAAGCGGAGAUGAUGAAAUGGCUCAAGGACCCUGACCAUACGCCGCGGCCGCAUCGAGUUGCUGAUGUUGUUUGUAUUGGCCGCGGUAGCAAAGUGUUCGACGGGCAGGUGGAUUUGACCGAGGGGAAGAUUGUUAGCUGGGCAUUGACUGAUGACGUGCAACCACUGAUUACCAUGGAAGAUCUGCAGAUUGUGGAGACAGUCGUCCGAAAAGAUCCCAAGGUCAUUGAGCAAUGCGGCAUCAUUGGCAUUCCGCCAGAAGACAUGCACAAAGUAUAUUGUGAUCCAUGGACCAUUGGCUACGAUGAGCGCUUUGGCACAAAAGUCCGUCUCCAGCAAGCACUCAUGUACUACCGUCCCCACCCGGACGAUAGUCAAUACACCUAUCCCCUUGACUUUUGCCCUAUCUACAAUUCCGACACCCAGGAAAUCAUUCACAUUGACGUACCGCCCGUCAGGCGGCCGCUUAACCGUGCGCCACCAAAUAAUUACCAUGCCUCUGCUAUCGAGGCGGAGGGUGGGUUCAAAACUGACCUGAAGCCCAUCAACAUCACACAACCCGAAGGAGUUUCUUUCAAAAUGGACGGACGGUACAUUAGCUGGGCCAAUUGGAAGUUGCAUAUCGGCUUCAACUACCGCGAAGGCAUAGUCUUGUCAAACAUCACAUUUAACGACAAGGGCACCGUUCGUGAUACAUUCUGGCGCCUCUCACUCGCUGAGAUGGUCGUGCCAUAUGGAAAUCCCGAACACCCGCACCAGCGCAAACAUGCCUUCGAUCUCGGCGAAUACGGAGGUGGUUAUAUGACGAACUCUCUGAGUCUUGGUUGUGACUGCAAGGGAGCGAUCCACUACAUGGAUGCUGCGUUUGUCAAUCGCGCCGGCCAGUCAACGACCAUCAAGAACGCCAUCUGCAUUCACGAGGAAGAUGCAGGUAUUCUAUUCAAGCACACUGAUUUCCGCGACGACAGUGUGACCGUAACCCGAGCGCGCAAGCUGAUCAUCUCGCACAUCUUCACUGCUGCAAAUUACGAGUACUGUGUAUACUGGAUCUUCCAUCUGGACGGAACUAUUCAGCUUGAGAUCAAGCUCACGGGUAUCUUGAAUACGUAUGCUAUGCUUCCUGGCGAGGAUCUCAAGGGCUGGGGCACAGAAGUGUAUCCUGGUGUUAAUGCACACAACCAUCAGCAUCUUUUCUGCAUGCGCAUUGAUCCUAAUAUUGACGGACCAGAAAACACAGUCUUUAUGGUCGAUGCGGCACGAGGUGACGGAGAGGUUGGGAGCGCUGAGAACAAAUAUGGCAACGCUUUUUAUGCAAAGAAGACGAAGCUUAGUACCCCUGAGCAAGCAGCGACAGGUUAUAACGGCGCAACGAGCCGGACAUGGGAAAUAGCCAACACUAACAAACUGAAUCCAUACAGCAAGAAGCCAGUCUCCUAUAAGCUGGUCAGUAGAGAGGUUCCGGAAUUGCUACCGAAGCCUGGUAGUUUGGUAUGGAAGAGAGCAGGCUUCGCAAGACAUGCAGUACAUGUAACCAAGUAUGACGACAGCCAGAUUCACCCAGCAGGACGCCAUGUCCCCCAAACUUCUGGCGAGCCCUCGCAAGGAAUUCCAGCCUGGAUAGAAGCGAACCCGAAUGAGAACCUCGACAACACUGACGUUGUCCUAUGGCACACGUUUGGUAUCACGCAUUUCCCUUCUCCAGAGGAUUUCCCUAUCAUGCCGGCUGAGCCGAUGACACUGCUACUGCGACCUCGCAACUUCUUUACCCGUAACCCAUGCUUGGAUAUCCCACCUAGUUACUGCAGCGUACCAAGCGGGGUGAGGCAGGGCAAUACGCUUGUAGAUAAGCUGAGUCGAAUGGCGUUUGGAGAAGAGAAGACGGAGGCUCCACCAGCAACAUGUUGUUCUGACCAGAAGUUUGGGGUAGCCUUCAUCUUGCAUUCUACUUAUCCAGCACCUUCAGCGUCACCUCCUGUACCCGAAGAUGUCCUAGGAGAAAUCGCAAAUCCAUCACUCAAACCAGCAAUGCCCCGCGCAUUCCCACCAGUAAAACAAGAUGUCCACAGCAAGCAAUCAAGUGCGCCGCAAAGCGCCCUCUCCGCAUCGGUGAUCGAAAGUAUAGCAGGCUUCAGCGCUGGAGUUGUUUCCUGUCUCGCGGCGCAUCCACUCGAUCUCCUCAAAAAUCGCCUCCAGCUCAAUACUACCAGCAGAUCGCGGCCCGGCGACUCAUUUCGCAUCCUAAGGAAUGUGAUCAGGGAUGAGGGUGGUGUAAGAGCUCUGUAUAGGGGGUUAUGGCCGAACCUCCUGGGUAACAGCCUUGGAUGGGGGCUGUAUUUUCUUUUCUACGGAAACUUGAAAGAGUUGUUCCAGAGCCGACGACAAAAGGGCGAACACCUCGGGAGCGCCGAGUUCUUCUCUGCAAGCAUCAUUGCUGGCCUGCUCACCGGCGCUUGUACCAAUCCCAUCUGGGUAGUCAAGACCCGCAUGCUUGAACGAGGUGCCAACCAUCCUUCCGCAUACAAGUCCAUGGCCGUUGGACUUCGCCAUGUAUACGAGACGCGUGGACUAAAGGGCCUCUGGGCAGGCUUCUUGCCUUCUUCGCUCGGUGUCCUACACGGCGCUGUUCAGUUCAGCAUUUACGAAAAUAUGAAAAAGAGAAGAGCCUUACACAUUGGCGGACAAGAUAAACUCAGCAACUGGGAGUACGUAUACAUGAGUGGUGGAAGCAAGUUGCUUGCAGGCGCCAUUACCUAUCCAUAUCAGCCCAUUAGGGCGAGACUGCAACAGUACAACGCCGCACAGCAGUAUAAUGGUCUACUGGAUGUCUUGAGGAAGACGUAUCAGAACGAGGGGUUCCUGGCAUUUUACAAGGGCGUUAUUCCCAACACGCUUCGCGUCAUCCCGACUACGGUUGUCACAUUUCUGGUGUAUGAGAAUACGAAGCUGUACCUCCCCAAGGUCUUUGCGGACGAUGAGCAGCAGUUUCAUGAAGAAGACUAGAUGUACGACUAGUUAGGGUUGGCAGGCUAGAUGCGGUUUCACAUUUAUACUCCACUAGAUGCUACACUAUACAGGUAGAUGGUGCUCUAGCAUACUUUUGUUACAGAGGAAUAAACUAUUU